CACGGAGACAGCGGGACACCGGGAUAUCGGGACACCGGGACAGGGCCGCCCCUGAGGGCGGGCGGCCGGGAGGGAUUUUCCCGCCUCGGAGGCUGUUCCCGCCCUGCGGUGUGGCAGCGGCGGGAGCCCCUGAGGGCGGCAGGAGGACCCUGCCCCGCGACUCCCGGUUUCCAGCUGGGCAGCGCCGUGCGGCGAGCUCUGAGGGCAGGAAACGCUGGGCACUGCGAGCCCCGGGAGGAGACAACGCCCGGGGAGGGCAGAGGAGGCGGGGAGAGGCGGCGUGGCUGCGGGGGAACCCCUGGCCUCUGAGGGAUGCUCUGCCGGCGAGCGGCACAGGGAGGGACCGGGGCUCUCAGAUAAACAAUCACUGCGGAAGGCUUAAGAGGAAACGCUUACGAGAGGUUAAACAAACCGAGAGGGAGAGACGACUGCCUUCACACGUAGUUCCCAGAGGAGGGAGGAGGGUUGGUGUCUGCCAAGAGGGAAAUCACCUCGGCGACGGGACAGGGGAGUCCUGUCACCUGCAGCGAGGGGGGAACUCCUCAGGGAGGGUCAGAGCAGCCUUGAGGGAGGCGGAAAAGCCCCGAACGUGAGGAUUGAUUUUACAGGUCUGUCUCAGCAAAUAUUGUACUUAUUUUUGUAAGCAUGAAAAGUGCAUGUUCCAAAAGAUUUUUAUCUGCAUCAGCAGAUGAAACUGAAUGUUACUUGUAUGCAAAGCGAAGUAAAGCAGAAAGUGAUCAAAAAAACAGAGAGAAAGAGGAGCAGCAAAAGCUUGAACAAAGCAUACACUGUGGGAGCAAGUCCCAGACAUCACCACACGAACUCCUCAAUUUGUCAGAAGGACAAAACAACUGGGCAUUAGAAAAACAGAGUUAUGAUACAGCAAAAAAAAUUUGUAUGAGAGAGUUCUUCAAUUCUAAAACUUGUAGCAACAAAGUAUUAGCACAUAGAGUAUCAGAAAAUGAAUGGCCCACCAAAAAAUGGAGUCCUGAAAAUGACGACCAAAGUCCUACAGAAGAUGGCAAUUCCCUGAAUGUACAUGGACAGCCUCUUGAAACAGAGCUGCUCAAUGUGCUGAGCCCUGUUGUCGCAUGUCAAAAUCUAAACCCACCCCAAGUGCAGCAGAACAGCGGUAUAGAGCAAAACAAUAAAAGAAAUGAAGAUAAUGAACUGAAACAAAAUUCUUCAGUUACAUCCUUAAACAGACACAUGUUUCAGACUGAGUUGUUAAGUCAAAAUUCUUUCUCCAAUAAAAAGUGGCAGCAAUACCAGCUUCUUCAAAUUCCUUUGUUGAGUGGAACAAAUUCUUUGUUUUCAUGCAUAAAAAACAAAAAAAGUAAAUUUGUGAAAAAUUCUGCAGAGGAUAAAAAUUAUUCCAGUUGCAAUAUGGAAACUGCUGCAGAAAAAGAUAAUAAAGAAGAAAAUAAUUUGUUGUAUGCAAUUCCAACUUUGAAACCUUUAAAGAGUAUAAAAGCACUGGAAAUUCCUAAUUUUCAAUUUCCUAGGAUUUCAAAUAAAGCAAAUAGUAAACAAUCAUCAACCAAGUUUGGGGAGACAGAUUGGAAGAAUUUUGAAUCUGAACCAUCUUUAAUGCAAUCUAAACAGAUACAUGGUGUGCAAGAAAUUUCUGAGAUAGGGAAACAAAAAAUACACAAUGAUAAAAGCAGUGUAAGAGAUUCAACUGUUUGUUCUGAAUUUAAAGUAAAGAAUUGCCCACCAGUUAACAAACAGGAGCACAGUGCUUUGGCAGAAGGAGAAGUUUCUGGAACUUAUUUCAGAUGCAACAGCACUGACACUGAAUGUAAUAAAAUAUUUGCUGAAGAUGACUUCAAAGAUGAAAUAAUGGAGAAUUCAGAGGGUGAUGACGACCAGAAGUCAAAGAUUCACAUUUACAUUAGUACUAAAAAUGCUCAGAAAGAGAAAUAUAUCAGCUCUAAUGAUCUUUUGCAGAGAAGGAGGAGGAAGAGCACAAAUGAGAAUGUGGGAACAUUUAAUAUGCAGAUGAGUAGUCCAGUAACAACAGAAGCAUUAGAGAAAAAUAAAUUAAACCUACACUGUGAUGUGCAUGAUUCCAACAGGGAUAUUUGUUUGUAUAAAGCAAAGUCAAAACUCUCCACAAAGGAAAUACUCGAUUUCCAAAGCUAUGUAACAAAAAAUAUUACAUUUAAAAGCAAUUUUCUUUGCAUUAUUGUGCAGGAUUUUCCAGAUAAGAGAACAAGUUGCAAUGUAUUUAAGGGGAAGGAAAUGCUAUUUCAAAACAUGUUGUUUGGAUGGGUCAGGAUGUGGGCUGAGUCCUCCCAUGAAAAUAUGCCCAUGUGUCAGAAUGGCAGUGUUACACCUUGGUCUCAUUGCUGUGACACAUUAAAACAGCAGUGUGAUGCUCAAGUGCUGGUAAAGAGCACUAUAAAUAGGAACCAGAAUGAUAAAAUAUUCAUGUGUUUGCUGGCUGUUGUUUCAAAGCAGCUAAAGGUGGAGGUACUAAAGAUAAUUCUUGCUUCCUUUUUCAGUAGUAUAAAUACUUUAUCGGCAGCUGAGGGAAAGUCCAUGCGAGGAGAGAAAUGGUCUUUAUGUACCAGAAAGAAAAGUCAAUUAAAUUCAUGCACAGAUGAUUCUUUGAGUCAAACCACAGGAUUUCUUAAAGAAAAUGAAACUUACCCAGGACUUGUAAGUUCUAAAUUUGUGGAAAGCAUUGAUUUUGAGUUGUAUAAUGGAUGCCAGAGAAGAUGCAUUUCUAGAACUUUAGGUGAAGAGUACACUUUCCUACAAAGAGGAGUCCGCUUUCAUAACCGAAAACAAAGAUUAUGUAAGGGAAGACAUGUCAGGAAACGCUACCUCUUAUCCAGAGUGAAUGGAAGGUUUAGCACUGAUUUGAUGUCAGUCAGUCACAAAAACAGUAUGAAGAAGCAAAUUUUACCUGCUAAGUGCCUGAUCUUGCUGCAGGGCUCUUCUGAUAGUUCUUCACUUCACAAGAUCUAUUGUUGCAAUAUCACAAAAGUACAGUAUCUGAUAGGAGCCAAUCUUAGAUACCAGAGUUACUUUCCUGCUCUUUCACCACCGAAAUUGGAAAAGGUACAUAAGAAAAGUACAAUUCAGGAAGUAUCAGUAAAUACUCUAAAGCAGGAGAAAAACAAACCAAGCAUAAGGCUUAAUAGUUCUUUUCAUGCAGGAUUAUUUAAAGAUAUCCCUUUUGUUUUAUAUGAAAAUAAAAACCACAAAGCAACUGGAUAUAGAAAUUGCAUAACUUCUACAAAUGAAGUUAUUAAGGAAGUAGCAUACACCAUGAAUAGAUAUUUGGGUAACUCUAGUUACAUAAAUGCUGAUGGAAAAGAAUAUGUUAAUUCAAAAGAAUUGCAAAUGAAUUGCCAUGAUCUUUUUUCUAAAAAAUAUUUUUCUGUUUUUGACACAUAUGAAAAAAUUCCCCUAGCUACUGAUUCUGAAGACUUUGACCAGAUCCCAGUUGUAAAGCAAGAGAGUUCUAUCCAAAAAAAGUUGUGUGAAGAAAGUGCAGUCAAUGGUUCAAAAGAGAUUCAGUGUUUGCCUGUUAAAUCAAAUGAUGUCUUAAUUCCAUCUGAGCAGCCAAAAGCAACCACAGAAGAAUAUAAUUCUCUCCAGUUGCUAGAUAGACAAAUAAACAAACAUGAGAAUUGCAAAGACUUAGAUACUUGUAGCCCACACCUAGUAAAUAAAAAAGUGCAUGACCAAAACACUUAUUUAUUUCCUGAAAAUUUAUUUCCUAGUUCCUCGAAUAUUUUUCAGUCUGUUACUUUGCCAUUGGAGAGCAGCUCUUGUGUCAACAGAGAAAUAAGUGAAGAUGGGCACUGCAGGAAUUCCUCAGGCACAGACAAACAAAAGGCAGGUGAAGCAAUUCCUGCCAGGGUGCAGCAUCUAACCAAGGGAAGUUCUGCCAUGACAAAUAUAUAUUUGCAAUUACAGGCUAAAGAAGCAGUACAGUUUUCUUUACAAGGCCAUGAGCAGACAAAUAUGACAGUCAGUUCAGAGCCAGCAACUUUGAAACAACAUCUUGAAUAUGUAAAAGAACAGGAAGAGAGAAAUUAUGAACAAAUGCAUGUAACUAAUGAAAGUCAAUGUGAGACUGUAAUGAAUUACUUGAUUAUGUUACAUUCAGAAGAUAAAUCUAAAACAUUCAUUUCUGCAGAAAAGGAAUUAAAAAUGUCUUUAUCCAUAAUGAACAAUGGAUGUCUUGAAGAUGUAAAAGAUAAGUAUUUACCCUUAGAAAAUAAAAUCACACAGGAAUUUGAACUGAAGAGAAAAUUUGAUUUAGUGCUAGAAGAGCUACGUAUGUUUCAUGAAAUUAGCAAAGAAAAUGUAAACAAUUUAUCUAGUUUGGAAACAAACUUGCCCAACAGUUACCAGGAAUUAAAUAAUGCUGAGGGAAUAGAUAAAAACAUGGCAGGGGUUUCUCAAAGGAAAACAUGUGUUUCCUCUUCAAUCUGCGGUACAAAAGGAAAACACAUAGCUGACAUUAAUGAAAGUUCAUUUCAUGAAAAGAUAUUAAAUGAAAAUAAAGAACAGAAAGUACCUAAGGAAUAUUCUAUUUCAAGAAUGUCAAGCAAAGAAUUGCUGCACUCUCCUGCAGAAGAUGCAGCCUAUAGAAAUCCAUACACUUGGGAUCUAGCUUUUUUACCCGGCACGCUUUUUAAGGAACAAAGCUAUAAUUUACCGAAAGAAGGAGGAUACUUUCUGUCUCGUGACGUCAUAAGAGUACAGCCUCUUAAAACAUGCAAGGGCCCCAUCAGGAUUGGGCUGUCAAGAAAGGCUCAGCUAAAGAAGCUUCAUCCUUAUCUGAAAUAACUUCCUGGAUUCUUUUACCAGCCUUCACAUCUGGGAUCACUCUGCUUGAAAACUGUUGACAUGUUUUAAUGUUAGUUGGUUUUUUUUUUUGUACUUUGAUCUGUGUGGUUUAAGGGGUUUUUAGAUAUUAAUGUUGCAGUAUUUUCUAGUGAUUUAUUUAGGAAUACUCCUGUGAGUACUUGAUAGCAAAGGGAUUUAUAAUGAAUGUUUACUAGCAGAAGUUUUAAUGGAAGGGUGAAUUCCUUUUAAAGUUUAUGUAAUAUUAAUAAGAUCUGUCAUGUAUUUUUCAUCUAUUAAAAUAUACAGUUGAAA